CUGGAACCAUACAGCAGCACCUAAAGAUGAAAGUGAAGAACUCGAUCGGUUCACACUACCUUAAUAAUUAGGGAUUGAAAAUCUGUGAGAUUUCAAACUUCAAGGUUACUCCUGUCCUAUGGCUUCGGACUUUUAUAUUUCUAACGUUAAGUUAGAAUAUCAGAAACUUAGAGACAGAGUUGAAAAGCUUGAAAAAGAAAAAGAGAUGCUCAUGGCAGAACUCGGACACAGGGAACAAAAUUUUUGUGGGAAUAUACUUGCAUUUGUUGAGAGUUUGUUUUUGAAUACGAAAUACAGUGAUGUACUGUUCAAAACACCGAACGUUCUUGUCCCAGGGCACAGAUUUGUUCUCGAUGCUAGGGGAGGAGUUUGGAAUGUUUAUACAGAGGAUGGUGUAGAAUAUAUAAAUAUACAAGGUUAUUGUCAAAAUGUGUGCGAAGCUUUUAUUCUAUGGACUUAUAGGGGCAUAUUGGAAGAGUACGAAGCACAAUGUUUGUCCGAUUUAAUGACACUUGCACGAGAAUUUUGCUUGCCUUCCUUAUUUACCCAGUGCGAAAUCGCUUUAAUUCCACUAGUGACAAGAGAAAACUGUUUGUCAUUGUAUUCGUCUUCGCAUAGACUAAGAGCCACCCGGUUGUUAGAUCAUUGCUUCUCGUUUAUGUCACGUGUUUGGCCUAAUUUUUCAGUGAAAGAAAUUUCUACAGUUUCUGCCCCUGUCUUGCAAUCUUUUCUCGAGAAGUAUUCCAAGUUCCCUGUUCACUCAGCAAUUGACCUUGGAAGAAAUGACACAGUUUUAUCUUUGCUUAACGUUGAUCAUCCAAAGGCUAAACUCCUCGUAAAUCAACUGAAUGAAAAUGGUCUAUCACCGUUAUAUAUGGCCCUAAAGGAUGCACAUUUCGAGCUUGCUGAUAAACUAAUUGGUCUAGGCGCAGAUAUAAACGCACUUAUUGGUCCUACUGACGAAAAGCAACCUGUUACUCAGUUUGCGUUUAGAAAAAACCAUUAUGAAGCUGUCCAAUUUCUCUUGCUUCAUGGUUCCAAUUGUGAUUUCUGUGAUUCAAUGUCGUCUCGCACACUACUUCAUAACCUUGCAGUAACCGACGCAAAGGAAAUGUCAGAAGCUGUGAUAAAUAUAGCAAAAACAUUAAUCCAACAAAGUGCUAAUAUUUCUUCCCAAGAUAUAGACGGAAAUUCACCGUUGCAUUUGUCUAUUUUGCACAAUAAUUCAAGUUUAUUUAAUUUACUGAUCAAUCAUUCCAAGAAGCCUAAUUUAGAUUUACCCAAUAAUCAAGGAUUAUGUCCACUGUGGUUAGCGCUUGUCAGAAAGUUCAAUUUUCAUGAUCCAAGUGUUUACGGAUUUAAAUCUAACUCAUUGACAAGUAAUUCAUAUGACUUCGCUAGUCAGUUGAUUGAAAAUGGUGCUAACGUGAAUUAUAGAUUUACUGAUGUUCAUUAUUCUGCAUUGAAUGGUAAAUCUUUGAAGAACCCACUUCCAGGUGACACUUUGCUUUUGGCUGCUUCACGAAUCGGAUGGGAAUCAGCUGCUUUAUUUCUUCUUGAUCACUCACAAUGUGAUCCUACUUUAGAGUCAUUUACUCAAGGAGAAACAGUUUUUCAUGUUGCCGUAGAAGCUGAACUGUCUAAUUUAUGCAAUUGCUUGAUUAUGCGGAACGACACUGACCCAAACCGUUUACGGUUUUCCAAAGUUAAUAUAAUAACAUCAGACAGUGAGGAAAUCCUGUCACAAACUUCUUACGAAAGUACUUGUGUGAAAGAAACUAAUCAAAUGAACUUUACGAAGUCGCUAAAUCCUUUCGACGAUGACUAUGAAAGUAAUGAUGACUGCAAUCUCUUAUCUAACCCUAUGGAUAAUAUAUCAUGUCAAGUGAAUAGUUCACAUUUAUCCACUGACUCAGCAGUUAACGGUACUAUUAUUUCUACUCCAUCGGUAUUAGAUUCAUCAUCAUUGAGAGAAAUUAAAAGUGACCACAAGUCUACCCAACAAAUAUACUGCAGUCCUUUACAUCUUGCUGUACAACACAAAAUGUUUGGAAUACUCGAAUUUUAUCUUGAAAACAACGCUAAUGUUGAUUGGUUGCUAUUGAAUGAGUCUGGUGACUCAGUCAUCAGCUUACUUUUGUGGUCGGAGCAGUUUCAGUUGGUCAAGAGAAUAUUAGAAUCUAUGUGUAAUCAAUCAAAGGAUGCAUCAGCUAGUCAUGACUCUAAAUUCAAUGAAUCCGAUAACGCUAUUCAAUCAUUUCUAAAUAAAAUACCCACAAAAUGUAAUAAGCCAUCUUUAUUGAUUCAAUCCAUUGAACGUGACCAAUUCGAAGUUGUGAAAUUCUUGGUCGAACAUGAUGCUGAUAUUAAUGAGAACGAAACUGACUGUCAGUCAUAUAUUAACCCUCUAUGGACUGCAUUGAAAUUGAGAAGAUGGACAGUAGCUGAUUAUUUAGUGAAUCAUGGAGCUGAUGUUAAUUCAUGGGCACCGUUUAAUGGAACAAAUGCAAAAGUCACUCUACUACAUCGGGCAAUCCAUGAGAACAAUGAAGAGGCUGGUGUGUUUCUAGUGAAACGAAACUGUGAUGUCAAUGCGUUUGCACAGUUUGAUUAUUCAGUAGAUAAGAAAAAGUCAGAUCAUAUUAUACCAGAAUUAGCUCGAUCACCACUGCAUAUGGCCACUUUAAUUGGAAUGUAUGAACUCGUUCAAGUACUUAUCUCCAGUAAUCGUGUAUAUAUUAACCAACAGGAUUAUAAUGGUGAAACUGCCUUACAUUUAGCAAUCAGAUCAAAAAAUGAAAAACUUGCCAACCUGUUAAUUGAAGCACCUCAAAUAGACUAUACCGUUCGUGAUGCACAAGCAUACACCGUAUUUCAUGUAGCUGUGGAUUUACGUCAACGUGCAAUUGCACAAAGUCUUUUGAAAAAAGACCCUUCUUUAGCUUUACAAGUUGAUAGUUCAGGACGUAAUUUUCUACAUAUUGCAAUAGAAAAUUUCGAUCGUGAAGCUAUUUUUCUUCUUAUUCAAAUUGGAGUUGAUAUGAAUGCUUGUGUACGUGAUGCACAUCGUCUCACACCCUUCCAUUUAGCAAUUAAAACAGGCGUAGAUGAGGAUAUUUUACGUAGUUUGCUUCUUGCCGGUGCAUCUAUUAACUCACAAACACCACAAAAACAGUACGGUCUUCAUUUGGCUGUGAUUUACAAUAGACCGGAAUUAGUACAUUGUUUAUUAGAGAAUGGAGCUGACCCCAAUUCUCAAGAUUCUGAACGUAAUACACCAUUACAUCUAGCUGUUCGACAUGCUAGAGUAGAUUGUCUUGUAAAAAUGCUCAAUCAUUCCGCUACAAAUUGUUACUGUAUAAAUAUCAGAGGUCAAUUGCCGAUCCACUUGCUGGCUCAACACCAAGGUCCAGUCAGUGUUGAAAUGCUUGAGUAUUUAUUAGAAGUAUCUGUUGCCAAUCAAAUCAAUGCCCAAGAUGCUGCUGGCAAUACUCUAGUUCUCUUCUAAUUUGCAAGUAAAUUGUUAACCAAUGGAGUUCGACUCCGUCAAAAUAUAAAAGUAUCUUCUAUAUUAUUUUAGCAAGCAGUCAGUCAGUCAUUGACAAUAUAGAGUGUGAAUCUGCUAGAGACGUAACAAAAGGCAUACAAACAUAACAGCAUUAAUUCUCGCAUAUCAAGCAGGAAACAUAUCACUUUGUACCGCAUUACUUCAAGCCGGUGCAUCUUUAGGAAUUAUGAAUUCUGAAGGGGAUACUGUGUUUAGUCUAAAUAAAAAGAAAUGUAAAAGUUCAACUCCUGGACAUGUUCUUUCACAAUUACUAGGUACAUUUUUUUCUUGAAAUUCAUAUGUUUUAAUAAUUAUCCUUCUUUUUAAACAUUUUCCAAUACACUACACUUUUGACUCUGACGAUUCAAUAAAAUAAAAAUAUAACUUGAGAAUGAAAGCUCUGAAUCUGAAAUAGACACAUCUGUUAGAUGACAAAAUCUGUUUAAAUUUAUCUAAUUAACCUCAAUACUAUAUUUUAACAAAGAAAUAUUCUGUUUUAUAAUAAACUGAUUAAAUUUAGUUGCCCACACUUUUCUAUUUGGUUUUGCCUAUUAAAGUGAUUUCUUUUUAAUGAAAAUGAUUAGAUUCACUUAUUCAAGAACCU